AUGCAGCGCGGCAUCGAGGCCGACCACACCGUCGAGAACGUGGCGCUCGAGGUCAACAGCCUCAAGUUUGCGCAGAACCGCACCUUUGCGGACUGCCUGCAGCCGCUGCUGCUCACGCUGCUCUCGUCGCUCCAGCUGUCGACGCGCACCAAGAAGGAGCGGCCGCGCGAGAUCAAGCGCUGCCUCAAGCGGUGGGGCGCGCUGCUCGGCCGCUUCGUCCAGUCACAGGCGGACCAGGACGUCCUCCUCGCCACCCUCAUCUCCGUCGCCACCGAGAGCGACGCGCUCGCGGACGUGUUCCAGCACGCGCUGCACGCGCUGUACGAGUGCGACGCGUCGGCGCGCUCCGAGGGGCGAGGGCCCGAGGCGGCGCCGUGCGGCUCGCCCACGCGCGCGCUCCUCGACUCGGCCGCGCCCUUCCUGACGUGGCUGCAGGAGGCGGAGGAGGAUUCGGAGGAGGACUGA